AUGGACAGUGUGGGGAAAAGUAAGGAUAAAGAGACAGUACGAGAUGUCUUCUUCUCUGGCAAAGAUAAGGAAAUAUACAAUAAAAAUUUAAAGAUGGUAACUGCAGAUGAGGGGAUCCUGCAUGCUUCUGGAAGCGGUGUACCUCCAGUAACAAAGGAUUACUGCAUAAUUUAUAACUCCAAUUGGGUAUCUCUUCCAAAGAGCCUGGACAAUGCUACUUUCAGGGCUCUAGAAAACCUGACUUCUACAGUACUCUGCAGUUCAUCUGAAGUUCCUUCUGGCGUAAUGAAGGACAAAGCAGUUGUAGUGAUGAGAGGAAACUGCACUUUUUUGGAGAAAGCAAGAAUUGCACAAAAUUUAGGUGCUAAAAUGCUGUUGAUUGCCAGUAAACCUAGGCUGUCUCCUCUUUCAGAUAACAAGACUGAUUUUGAAGAUGUGACUCUUCCAGUGGCUCUUAUACGAUAUAGUGACAUAGUAGAUAUGCAGCUGACACUUGGAAAUGAAGUUAAUGUGACCCUGUAUUCACCACCUUUGCCAGAGUUUGAUUACAGUAUGGUUGUCAUCUUCCUAAUUGCUGUGUUUACAGUGGCGCUAGGAGGCUACUGGAGUGGAGUAGCAGAACUUGAGAAUUUGAAAGCAAUAGCAAGUCCUGGAGAGAGAGAAACAAGACGAAAGAAGGAAGAGAAUGUUACUUUCACCCCUGUAACAGUUAUCUUGUUUGUUGUCAUCUGUUGUGUCAUGCUGGUCUUGCUUUAUUUCUUCUACAAAUGGUUAGUGUAUGUUAUAAUAUCAGUCUUCUGCUUGGCAUCUGCAAUGAGUCUGUACAACUGUCUUGCAGCAUUAAUAGGAGAAAUACCAUUUGGGCAGUGCAGGAUUGCAUGUUGCAACAAAAGCAUUGAAGUGAGGCUUAUUUUUCUUGCUGCAUUCUGCAUAGCAGCAGCUGUCGUCUGGGCAGUGUUUCGAAAUGAAGAUAGGUGGGCUUGGAUUUUGCAAGACAUUUUGGGAGUUGCUUUCUGCCUAAACUUUAUUAAAACACUGAAGAUGCCCAACUUCAAGUCCUGUGUGAUACUUCUGGGCCUUCUCCUUCUAUAUGAUGUGUUUUUUGUCUUCAUAACGCCAUUUAUCACAAAGAAUGGGGCAAGUAUAAUGGUUGAAGUUGCAGCUGGUCCUUUUGGAAACAGUGAAAAGAAUGAUGGAAACUUGGUGGAAGUCCCUACUGAACGCUCAGCUCCCCAUGAGAAAUUACCUGUGGUUAUUAGAGUGCCCAGACUUGAAUACUCUGCAUCGACACUGUGUGACAUGCCAUUUUCAUUGUUGGGUUUUGGAGACAUUAUUGUACCAGGGCUUCUAGUUGCCUACUGUCGGAGAUUUGAUGUUCAGACAAGUUCCUCUUCUGUAUACUACAUUUCCUGUACAAUAGCUUAUGCCAUUGGUAUGGUGCUGACCUUUGUUGUUCUGGCAUUAAUGAAGAUGGGACAACCUGCCCUUCUCUAUCUUGUCCCAUGUACACUCAUCACUAGCUCGCUUGUUGCUUGGAGGCGCAAAGAGAUGAAGAAGUUCUGGAAAGGAAGCAGUUACCAGGUAUCGGACUCCUCCAGGACGCCUUUGCUACAAGAUGAUGGAACACCUGGAUUAUACAGGAAAUGAAGAAAGCACAGCAUCAGCCAGUGAACAGCUUGGAGGACAAUAACAUGUAGGAUCCUGAUUUAAAAUAGUAUUCAAAUUUUCUACAAAUCAAUGACAGCAUAUUUGGUGAAGUUUUACAAUAGAGUGUUUCCCACUCUGUAUAAAAGGGUUUUUAUUCCCAUACCUAUAUUUUUAUGGAAAAUAUUGUUAAUAACGUAAAAGUAAUCAAAAUAGACUUGCAUUUUUACAGCCAAACCAUAGCUAGUAAAACCGUGCCUUAUUUUGAUUUAAAUAAAAGGAUAUUUUCUAUGCAA